AUGCUUACUGGGUGCCCACUAGAACAGAUCAAAGUGGGUAAAAUAAGCGGUACCCGGGACACCCGCAGUGUCAUCGCGCGUGUGCCAUCGAAAACGGCGAAACAGCUGGCAAGUCUACGCCGGCUACUUGUAGGAUGGGCCUCGGUGCAAAUUACGUUGCUAAAACCGAGACCUUUGAGGUGUGUGUCCUGUUGGGGCGAUGGGCAUGUCGCUCACAAAUGCGCUGCCAACGUCAGCGACCGCAGUGCGUUCUGCUUCCGAUGCGGUCAGCCGGGGCACCAGAGGAAGGAAUGUCCCGCCAAUGAACCCCACUGUCUACUUUGCUCAGCGGGAGGAAAGGCAGCGGACCACAUGCUGGGGACGAAAGAUUGCCCUCAGCCGCUGCAGAAGUCGAAACCGGUGCCUUCUGGGCCCGGCCGAACGGCUAGCCUCAUGGAGGUGGACGCGGGGGCGUCCGCUUCCUAA